GAGAAAAGACAAAAUCAUUUUAUGACUUGCAACACAAUUUGUCUAUGGUUAGUGGUUGGUGUUAUUUCACUGUCAGUCGUCGUAAAUUUAAUAGAUUAAACUUUAGAAUCUAAUUUUACAAUAUUUCGUUAUUCUUGACUUAAACAUGUCAUACAACUUCCUUAUAAACAUUGUGAAGUCAUGUGAAAUUUAAUUACUUUCAGUAAUAUAGUGAGUAAAAGCAUCGGACUAAAAACUUGCGAUAGGCAUCAGUGUUAUGGAAAGUGUUAGUCAUGAAACACUGCAGUGUAUUUAUUGUUUUAUGCCUCUGUUUAUGUGUCAUUAAAUCCUCAAGUUCCGAUAGAGCAGAACCUUUAUCAUUGUUGAAAUCCAACUCAUCGUCGGAACAGAAAGGAUGGAACAUAAAACUUGACAUUUUCUUCUCGAAAACUUUGCCGACCACGAUCACCAGAGCACCGAAAAGCGAUGUACGUUUAAAAUGCGAAGCUAUUAUGAAUUAUACGAAGGUAGAAAAAUAUACAAAAAAUAAAGGAGGCAUUGCUACAUUGUCGAUCGAAUCGCCCCCAGAUCACAUCCAGCAAAAACUAUUAGAAAAUGUGAAAGUAUAUUGGUUGAAAGACAAUAAAGUUAUAGAUGAUAACUCAACACAGAGAAUCAGAAUAAUCACUAGGAUUGAUAAGACUAAUGGCACUAUUGGUACAAAUUUGAGGAUCAAAGAUAUAGCUGUAACUGACAAAGGCAAUUAUACUUGUGUGAUAAAACAAAAUUAUGAGAAAAAGCAAACUUCACAAUUGAAAGUAGAAGAGGGUGUUGAAAACUAUGAGAUUCCUACUUAUGCAUCACUGUUCCCAAACACUGAUGUCUUUAGCCAAUUGGAUAUCAAUGUAGAGUCUACUCCUGUUCUGAUAUCAGAGAAUAUACAAACUGUCAAUUCUAGUACUACCAAUAGCACAGUGCCCCAAAGGCUAGAGCCACUUUGCCAAGAGUAUUUAGGUAAUGUGUGUGCUGAGCAUUUGAAGGGACAGUUUGUUUUCAUACCUUAUAAUACAAGCCAAGCAGCUCUUGAAGACAAACUAUUGAAAGCUUUUCAAGUUACCAAAUAUUCUAAUGACAUUAGUCCACGCUGUGAAGGUUAUGCUGUACCCAGUUUGUGUUACUCCACUUUUCCUAUAUGCAGAGAUCCUUUUGUCACAAAUAGAAAGUUCUACAAUGAGGCUAGAAAAUUAUUGGCUAGCUCCACUGAUUCUACUAGUAAAAUAAAUGUGGAGGAUCUGCCUGAAAUUGUCUUUGAAAACUAUCCUAUUGGCAAAAUACCCAGUUUGUAUUCCAAUUCCAAUGGCACAUUUGCAAGUAUGUUUGAUUUUCGUCAUAACUCUACUGUUCUCAGACGUGUUUGCAAACAGGAUUGUGAGAUAUUAGAAAAUGAAUUGUGUCAGAAAGAGUAUGCCAUAGCUAAGAGACAUCCACAUAUUGGACAGCAGCUGACUCUUGAGGAAUGCCAAGACCUGCCUGAAGAUGAUCCUGACUGUCUGAGAAUCAGCAUUGGUGCAGUCAUGGUCUCUGAUGAUGAGUGCUACUGGGAGAAUGGAAGUGGCUAUCUUGGCAGAGUCAAUGUAGCUGGCAAUGGCAUGACUUGUGUUGAAUGGUCUAAACAACUGCAUGUUAGGCUAUCAGACUAUCCUGAACUAGCAGGGACACACAGCUACUGCAGAAACCCUGGAGGAGUAAAAGACCAACCCUGGUGCAUUAUAGAAAAGGAUGGGAAAACUGAUAAGGCCCUUUGUGAUAUUCCCAAGUGUGCUCACAAAAUUUGGAUCUACAUUGUAAUAGUGUUCUUGGUUGUUACUUUAUCAAUUAUUGGAUUCAUAAUAUGCUUAUGUUAUAGACAUAAAAACAAAAAUAAUGCUGCCACAAUAAGGGAUAUAAAUUUACCCAAUGCUGACAAAAAUAUCUAUGGGAAUUCUAGACUGAAUUCACCAAUAGAAAUGAGUGAAUUAAUUACCAAUAAUAUUGGUGAUCAGCCACAUGUGCCAAGGCACACUCGUGGUAAUGGAGUGCUUCGAAUACCACAGUACUCUCUUUCACAAAUAAAAUUCUUGGAAGAAUUAGGUGAAGGGGCUUUUGGUAAGGUAUACAAGGGAGCUUUGAAGAAAAAUGGAGAAACCCAGUUUGUUGCAGUGAAGGCUCUCAAAGAGAAUGCUUCAGCUAAAACUCAAGCAGACUUCAGGAGGGAAAUAGAUUUGAUAUCUGAAUUAACACAUGACAACAUUGUGUGCAUAGUUGGUGUUGCUUUGAGGGAAGAGCCAUUAUGUAUGCUGUUUGAGUUCAUGGCUAGAGGGGAUCUGCAUGAGUUCCUGAUGGGCCGGGCACCACCUUCUGGCAAAGGCUUGCCACCCUUGAGACUCCUCAACAUAGCACUUAACAUUGCAUCUGGCAUGCAAUACCUUGCUUCCCAUCAUUAUGUGCACAGAGAUUUAGCAGCCAGAAACUGUCUUGUUUCAGAUGACUUUAUUGUCAAAAUAUCAGACUUUGGUCUCUCCAGAGAUAUUUACAGCUCAGAUUAUUACAGAGUGCAGUCAAAGAGCUUGUUGCCAGUUAGAUGGAUGCCUCCAGAAUCUAUUCUGUACGGCAAGUUUACUACAGAGAGCGACAUUUGGUCUUAUGGAGUGGUGUUGUGGGAGAUAUACAGCUAUGGGUUACAACCAUACUAUGGUUAUAGCAAUCAGGAGGUAAUAUCCAUGGUGCGUGGCGGUGAACUGUUGGCCGCUCCUACCUGCUGCCCUCCGGCCAUGUACUCUCUUAUGAGAGACUGUUGGAAACAUACGCCGCAGAGGCGACCAAACUUUGAGGAAAUAGUUAAUAGAAUCCAAGAAUGGAUUAGUAUGGGUGGGUGCCCGGAAACAGCAGUUUUCGAGGCAGCUCCGAGCAGUAGUUUCGGGCACAGGCCGUCCGGGUCUAGCAGAGACUUGCAGGAGAGGGUCCCGCUGUUGCCUCCUCACUGCUCCUCGUCCAACGGUUCCCUUGCCACCGGCAGUCUAAAGAAAUUUAGUGCCGCUGGAUCCAGUUCCAAAGUUACCGAGGAUAAUUGUUCUACAUGCAGUGAGGUGGGUCCACCCCUUGUUCCAAAAACAAAGAAACAUAGCUCAGGAUCCCUAAUCGACACUGACAAAGUAGGUACAAAAGACACUGUUGUAAGGAUACCCAACACUCAAUUCGGAAAUGAAAUAUAAGUGUGUAAGAUAGAUAGUCAAUAUUUAACGUUUUUCUUUGAUUCAUCACGGAUUGUUAGUUCUAAGAAUUCAUUUAGAUUAAGGGGUUUGUAAAAAGACGUAGUUUUUGUAACAUUUUAGUCUGCAUUUUUUAUUCGUAUGUGAGUGUGAUUAUUCCUGCCAAUCCAAUUGCAUUUACCUUAAAAGCAUAAACGUUUUUAGGGUUUCGUAAUAAAUAAGAAACAAGUACCUUAACUUUUUGUGCUUCUCUUAAUAUAUUAAAUUCGUAAAUCAUACAAAUAACGCAAGUUAUUUACUUGUCUUUUGCUGAAACUCCUAUUAUGAUUUUAGUAGGUACUUGAAAUUAAAAGGCGUAUUGUUCUAGAGAUGUAAUUUGCGUCUUACUUUGUAGUGAAUUUUUCAAUGAAACUAAUUUUUUGUAUGCUGCGAAUUGCUUACAAAUAAAGGUCUCGAGUUCUUUUCUCGAUUGAGUUAUCUACACUACCUAAAAUAAUGCUUUAAUAGCAUGUAAUUAAAAAACAAUGCGAAAUAAGUUUAAAGAACCGAGAUGCUUUGUGUUUAUUAUCGUUCUAUUUUUAUUUCUGUCUAAUCGUAUUUGUAGUUUUAAUAAUGGUUGUGUACUGUAACGAGAUAGUGUACCUUAUUCGCUGUUUGCUAACCAUUUACAAUUUAUUAUAUUCCAUUGGCUUUACUUAUCUAUUUAGUAAUAAGUCCAAAAAAUACCGUCACAUAUUUAUGAGUUUAUUUUGUUGUCAAUUAUUUAUUUUAGAUUAUUUAGUAUAUUAGGUGUAAACAAAUAACGGUUAUCAUAAUUAUGGAUGUUUUAAAACUUAAGUUUUGAAUGUGACAUUAAAGCAUUGUAAUGUCUUUAGAAUUAGUAUAUAUUUGUUAGUUUAUGUCAUCGUGGAAGAUAAAUGUUUUAAAACUAACCACUGAAUACUGAAACUUGUAUUGAUUAGGGACAUUCUUGAGUUUAUAUCUGUCACUACAUUUACAUUUAAAUGAUAGACAGGGCGCUCAUUUAAGACAAGACAAUUUCGUCCGUCUAUUUUUACAAAAUAAUAUGGAAAUGUUCAGUCUAGAAACUAAACGUUUUAUAGACAAAGCUCUCUCAUAUAUACAAAAACUGUGCGACAAGUCAUGUAAGAUAGGCAAAACUGUUUUGUUUUUUAUGUACACUCGUUUUUAAAGCUACUUUAAAUAAUUACAAUUGAUGCUUCAGUGUUGAUCCUUAAUUUAUCCUGCUUACCAAGACCAAGACAUGUUCAUUGCAUACCAUUUAUAAAUGACAGAAAAAUAAUUUUAAAUGACAUCAAUAAUACAAAAUUCAUAUUAUUAUGUAUUAGCUGAUAAGACUGACUGAAUAUAUCAAAGCUACAUUAUUGUCCAUAUGAUACUAAUUUUAUAUAAUAAAUUCGUUUUCAUAAUAGAAUGAACUUGACAUUUUGGCCCUGUGUAACUAACUGGCUGUAUAAAAAUGAUUCAAAACCAUAACAUUGGCAGCAUUAAAACAAGAUCUCAUUGUUGUAAAAUUGUCUUUUAUAAUGUUACCAAGCUUAUCCCUAGUUGAUUUUGGUACUUAUGUAUGUAAAAGCUGUUGUUCACAGCUGUUAUUUUUUUCUUUUUAUCAACUCUGCGAUGUGAAUUGGUGGCAUGUUUACGCUUGCCUGUAAUUAGUACCUAAUCGUAAAGUAAGUAGUAAUUAAGACUUUAUUAAAUUUUUUCCUAUCCCUAUUUCUUUAUUAUAAAGUUUUACUGUUUAUCCUUUUUUUAUAAAUGUUUAUAUUUAGUACUUUCUGUACUCGCCAAAGACUUUUUUUGUAUGUGAUACACUUAGUUUCUUACCUAGAUGUAAAUUGUAUAUCUAUAAUAAAUAAUUUUUAAAGUUUUCUAAAAA